AUGUCGAUGCUCCCCACUUUUGGAUUCACCCAAGAGCAAGUGGCCUGCGUCUGCGAAGUGCUCCAGCAGGGGGGCAAUAUAGAAAGGCUGGGGCGGUUCCUCUGGUCCCUACCUGCCUGCGAGCACCUCCACAAGAACGAGAGCGUCCUCAAGGCCAAGGCCGUGGUGGCUUUCCACCGGGGCAACUUCCGCGAGCUCUACAAGAUCCUGGAGAGCCACCAGUUCUCUGCUCACAACCACCCUAAGCUCCAGCAGCUCUGGCUCAAGGCGCACUACAUCGAGGCGGAGAAGUUGCGGGGGCGACCCCUAGGGGCAGUGGGCAAGUACCGGGUCCGCAGAAAGUUCCCCCUGCCCCGCUCCAUCUGGGACGGCGAGGAAACCAGCUACUGCUUUAAGGAGAAGAGCCGGAGCGUGCUGCGGGAAUGGUAUGCCCACAACCCCUACCCGUCCCCUCGGGAGAAGAGGGAGCUGGCCGAGGCUACCGGGCUCACCACCACCCAAGUCAGCAACUGGUUUAAAAACCGGAGGCAACGCGACCGUGCUGCUGAGGCCAAGGAAAGGUACGAGGAAAACAACGAGAAUUCCAACUCCAACAGCCACAAUCCUCUCUCAGCGUCAAUGAACGGGAAUAAGACAGUUUUGGGCAGCUCAGAAGACGAGAAGACGCCGUCAGGGACCCCUGAUCACACUUCUUCCAGCCCAGCUUUACUGCUCAAUUCGAACCCAGGCCUACAGCCGCUCCAUGGCUUGGGUCACCCCCAAGGUCCUAGCGCCAUUCCGGUACCCAGUGCGGACCCUAUGCACCAUCAUAGUUUGCAGGACUCCAUUCUCAACCCCAUGUCCUCAAACUUGGUCGACCUUGGCUCUUAA